GCGGAGGGGGUACGGCCUUUUCGCCGGGGGAGAGGGUCGGUUGAGAAGGAUUAGAAGGAGUUUAUACAUAAAGUCUCAUUCUGAUUCUUUUCACAUUUUUCACUCCAGUUCUUUUAGAAUCAGCACUACGACAGCACGUCGAGCGCGAGCUCUUCACAAGAACGCGUGAUUCUCGUAGGAGGUAGGAAAGAGCCUGAACGUAAACCCAAUCACUUUCGUCCUGCUGAAUUCAGCGUGUAGGCUUUUAUUUUAUCUCAUCGAAGCAAAUUCGAAAUCGAAUAGAUCUGCGUCAAUCCUUGACCACUUUCUUGAAUGUUCCACGUAAGAACUCAGUAGACUUUCAGAGUCACACAAAUCAAAGGAAACAACAAUCGGUCCGAAGAAGAAGCUUCCAGCUCGUGCUUGGGUGUCGGUCUUGCAUGGGCUCGUUGGUUGAUGAGAGCAAGAACGAGAAGAAUUUUUCACGGGACGACUACACCACCGAAGAAAGUAGAUUGUAGAACGUUGCGCGAAUGCGAAAGAAUAAAUCCAAGGGUCUCUGCAGUCAGAAAGAGAAAUCCAAAAUCCUCGUCGACUUGAAGAAUUGAAAAUUUUUGAUCCACCGUCGCAGGAGAUCCCCAAAAAUUUGAUUGAAGCCCAAUAGACUUAAUAGACGCACCAUUAUUUUUUCACGCAAUAGUAAAGGUAAAAUCCCAAAAAUCCACAUUCCACUUCCAAUUUACCCCCCACGACCCAACAAAAACAACAGCGUUUUUUUUAGUUUUCAUCAUCUUGAAAAACUAUAUUUGAAUUGCAUCCAAACAUCUAGAAUUUAACCCACGACUAUUUUUAGUCCUGUUUAAAAAGAGUAAGCUCAGCAUCGCUUUAAUCUCUUUGUACAAACUAAACUACACUCAAAAAACCACACACAACAUCCAAAAUGCCGAAAGUCAAGGGGAAGGGAGGCAAGAAGAACAAGCGCGCUAAGGGCAACCAGGAGUUCGCCAAGCGAGAGCUGAUUUUCAAGGAAGACGGGCAGGAGUAUGGCCAGGUGUUGAAGAUGUUGGGGAACGGAAGGUGUGACGUGCAGUGCUUCGACGGGACGAAAAGAUUGUGCCACAUUUGCGGAAAGAUGAGGAAGAGGGUACAGUUUUUCAUAAUGCUCGCUUUCGCAUACGCAUGUUGACAGGCUUUCAUGCAGAAUUACUAUGGUACGUAGUGUUUUUCAGCCUUCCUACUUUGAAGAUUAAUUUGUGAUGGUAAAAAGAAAAACGGAAUAACUUCACCUGAAAAUUAUAACUACAGGUAUGGGUGAUGGUCGGUGACAUUGUCCUGGUUUCUCUCCGUGACUUCCAGGACGAGAAGGGGGAUAUCAUCCUGAAGUACAUGUCGGACGAGGCAAAGAACCUGAAGACCUAUGGCGAGCUGCCAGAGAACACGAAGAUCAACGAGACCGAUUUGGCGAAUGAGGACGAUGACGGCGAUGACAUCGAGUUCAACGACACUGAGGAAGUGGUGGAUUUGGCGGACAUUUAAGUCGUCCUUCACCACCUCAGAACUCGACUACACGCUAUCGACAUGAUCGUCAACAUGAUCUUGUUCACGGUUUCAUUUCAAAUGAUUACUUCCUGUACCACUUCGUUCCAGAAUGCACGGACGACGGCACCAACUACUACUGCUUCCCAGCAACAUGAUGGAGAACGACCAUUGCAACAGCCACAACGAUCAACUGCAACAACAUCAAUUUACAAGAAUCAUCGAGAAAACCUUGUUUUAAAACGCGUUACAACAACUAACUAGCACGAAGCGGGGAGAUGAACUACGACGUUUUUAGGGGAGAUAUUAACGAGAAGGUUUUAGUGCAGCUGACGUCGGAGGGGAAAAUAAAGAAGAAUUUUCAACAAUUUUCGCGGCAAGUAGAGCACGGAGAUUGCAACGACAACACGAAAUUACGCUUCUACGAAGUUUGUUCGGUUUUGCGCAGAAUAGUGGAGGUUUGUGAUCCAGCUGCAUAAUAUCAAUGCAUACCGGACGACUCUGGUGAUUAUUUCGCGACUUUCCUGGGGUUAGUUCAACUAUUUUCACGUCGGCUGGUGUGCUGCUGUAUCAGUGGAAUUAUGGAGCUUGAUAUUAUCUACGCAUCACGACCAGCAACGAGCUGCAAAAAUUCCUCAUGGAAUAUGAAGAAAUAAUGUGUUGCAACAGCGGCGUCAACGUGAGACGAAUAUUAACCUUCUAGCUGAGACUUUAACCUCCUUAAGAAUCAUUUCUACCCCAGCUUGCAACUUCUACCUUUGAUUUACGAAAAUCUCGCUGCAAAACACUUGCUAAG